UUUCAGUAAGAGCGCUGACCGGAGAAUAGGGGGACUGAAUUCUCCGGAGCUCCUGUUCUACCUCGAAUAACGCUAAAGCUCAACAUUCAAGAAGUCCACAUACAGGAAGGAACAACGCACAAAAGAUGUCUGAUGCACGCCGCAUAAAAGCCAAACUGGAGCGCACAAAACAGCUUGUUGCUGAGAUGCAUGAAGAAAAGAGAAGAAAAGAAGAAGAAAGAAAAAAGAAAGAGUCUGAGGUACAGCAAAUGGCAGAGUGCGCAUCAGAAAUCUCAGACUUGGAUAGAAAGAGAAGUGAGAUGUCUGCAGAACUGCCUUUAGUGAGCGCUUCCAGUGAGAAUGGGAGCCAGGAGUCAGUGGAGGGAGGAACCAUGGCUAGGACACUGCAGUGGGAUAUGGACCCCUUGGCUCUUCAGCUCCUAGCAGACUCAGAGCAUAGGUGCAGAACACAGAAACUUGAAGCAACAAAGAUUGUACAGAUUGAUUAUAUGCCCAAAGAACUGGUGACGUAUUGUAAAGAGACCCAGACUCCUGUAGCAACAAAUAUGUCUAAAGAAGAGGAGGAGGAGGAUGAAGAACUCCCUGUGGUCAAACCUGAAUCUGAAGAACAUGUGGUGGAGAAUAAUCAGGAAGCCAUGCAAGAUAAUGAACAUCCUAAGGAACUCACAGAGGAGGAGAAGCAGCAAAUUGUUCACUCUGAGGAUUUCCUGAUCUUCUUUGACCGUAGCAUUCGGCUGGUGGAGCGAACACUAGCUGAGGACUUGGAUAUUUUCUUUGACUACAGCGGACGUGACAUGGAAGACAGAGAGGGGGACACACAAGCUGGAUUAAAUCUGUCCUUCAGUCGACAAUUGUAUGAUGAGCAAUGGUCUAAGAAUAGAGUUGUCACCUGUCUGGAUUGGUCACCGCAGUACUCAGAAUUGCUGAUGGCUUCAUACAAUGCCAACGAGCAUGCACCACAGGAACCAGAUGGAGUUGUGCUGGUGUGGAACAUGAAGUUUAAGAAGACAAACCCAGAAUACAUAUUCCAUUGUCAGUCCCCUGUGAUGUCAGUGGGUUUCGCACAGUUUCAUCCAAACCUUGUAGUUGGGGGCACUUACUCUGGCCAGAUAGCAUUGUGGGACAAUCGGAGCCACAGGAGAACUCCGGUACAAAGGACACCUUUAUCUGCAGCUGCUCAUACACAUCCUGUGUCCAGCUUAAAUGUGGUAGGAACCCAAAACGCCAACAAUCUGAUCACUGUGUCAACAGAUGGAAAGAUGUGCUCCUGGAGUUUAGAUAUGCUCUCUCAGCCACAGGAUAGUAUGGAACUAUACUAUAACAAGUCUAAGGUAGUAGCUGUGACUGGAAUGGCUUUUCCUGCUGGUGAUGUGAAUAACUUUGUGGUGGGAAGUGAAGAAGGGACAGUGUACACAGCUUCACGGCACAGCAGUAAGGCUGGUAUUAGUGAGAUGUUUGAGGGCCACCAGGGGCCAGUCACUGGCAUCAGCUGCCAUAAUGCUGUGGGCCCCAUUGAUUUCUCCAACCUCUUCACUACCUCAUCCUUUGACUGGACUGCCAAGCUGUGGUCAACUAAACAUAACAAACCACUUUACUCUUUUGAGGACAAUGUUGACAAUAUCUAUGAUGUUAUGUGGUCUCCUGUGCACCCGGCUGUCUUUGCUACAGUGGAUGGAAUGGGCCGCUUGGACAUCUGGAACCUUAAUAAAGACACAGAUGUUCCUACAGCAAGUGUGACGGUGGAGGGCUCUUGUGCUCUGAACCGGGUCAGAUGGGCAUCAGGGGGCCGCGAAGUAGCAGCUGGUGAUUCUGAGGGUCGAAUCUGGAUCUAUGAUGUUGGAGAACAAUUGGCAGUGCCACAUUCAGAGGACUGGAGCCGACUUGCACAAGUUCUCAUGCAGAUCCAAGCAAAUGUUGGUGGAGGCGGUGCCAUAGAAGUGACUGGCUGAGAGCAUAUAUGUGCUACAAAAGCAAAACACAUACACAUUUAUGUUCAGCAAUACAGAUGAUAGAAACAUCUGUAUUGCAUCUAUUAAAACAGAUGACAG